UUUCCGCAGCUCAUCCGACGCCAUGAACUCCAGUGUGGAGCCGGACGAAACAUUCUCGCCAAAAACUAAAAAGAAAUUGUCCAAAAAGCCGUCGUUCAUAAAAAAUGCCGUCCUCGAUUUAUUCCGUUCGAAAACGAAACAGAAAGUGUCUCGACAGAAGUCAUUGUGCGAAAGUGACUUGCAGCAGAGACACGGAAACCAAAUGCCCAUGCUGAGACGAGAAAAGUCAGAUUUAAGCGAUGUGUCCAUUCACAUGAGAAAUACGCACAUCCGAAAUCAAAUGUUACAACGCAGUAACUCUUCAUGCGAAAAACCUAUGUUGAAACCGAUACUGAAAAGACAGAGUUCCUUUUGUGAUGAUAGAAAUGGCUCCAUUUGUACAGUUAGAGAUUACGAAGCCAAACCAGCUGUAAAAAGCUUAAGACGACAAAACUCUAUGUGUGAAAUAGAAACCGAACCUAAAGUUACCCCUUUGUUACGUAGACAGAAUUCUCUCAUAGAAUAUAAUAGGAGAGGCAUCUACGGACCAACAUCAAGCUUUAAUAUGAUAACCAAAAUAGAUCCGAUUUACCAAAGACAACAACAAAACAAACAUGAACCUUUUUACCCAACACAACCACUACCUCCAGAACCCAUAUACCAAAGCAAAGAACAUGUAGUAUAUGAUCCUAUUCCUAAGCCUAAGCGAACUUACUCCUCCCUGUAUGACACUUCAAGCGAAAAUCCAUAUGCGACUAGAUCUGAAAUUUCAAAUCAAAGUUUCGAAAGCCCGUAUGGAAAUCGCGAAACAGUAGCCAUGCCCUUGAUCGAUCCCUAUGGCACGAGGGCUGAAUGUAUCCGAGAAAAUCCAUACGCGUCUCGAAAUGAAGUACUUGAAAAUCCUUAUGGUACUAGACAGGAUAUACCUAGAAAAUCCGAACCAAUAUAUAACGAAUCACCCUACUCUAGCAAAGAGCAAAUGUUGCGACAAAGAAUGACUAAUGAAAGUCCUUACGCAACUAAAGAAGACAUGCUCAGGCAAAGAUUUUCAGAAUCCCCCUAUAAUACCAAGGAAGAAAUGUUAAAACAGAGAAUGGAUAAUUCUUAUAAUUCAAAAGAACCAAUAUACGGUAAAAGAACAUAUGAACCACCGCCUAGCACUUCGUGGUCAGACAGCACUUACGCAAUUAGACCAGAUAGACGGUUACAUACACCUGUUAAUUUCCCUGGGCGCACGUCUCCCAUGACCAAAUCUAUGAGUGAACCACCUUAUGUAAGCAGAACAGAAAUGCUGGCUAGGAUUCAGACAGAAUCGCCGUACGCUACUCGUUCUGAAAUCAAAUCCAGUUGCUCUGACACAAAUUAUAGCACACGGAAUGACUUAUUUGACAUUCCCCAGCAAGUAAGACCAGCGUCAGCUGAGUGCACCUAUGUUUCAAAACAAGAAAUUCUAUCUCAAAAAGCUGCAUUACUAGCUAAUAAAGAAUCGACUUACAACAGUAAGUUAGAAGAGAAAUUGGAGAUAAUAAAACAAAGAAAUCAAGCUAAAAAAGAAAAGAUAUAUCAAACUAGAUUAGAGGCUAAUGAAAGUGAUUCAGUCAAAGGUAGGGAACCUAUGUAUGUAUCAAAAAGAGACCUUAAAGACAGUGUUAUAUAUGAGUCAAGUCAGGAAACAAAAGAAGUAAUACCUGAGAGAGACCAAGACAGUGGUAGUGCUAGAAGUAGUCCGUACGAACUAAGUGAUGCUAAUCAUUUGUCGCGGAGAGAACCGGUGUAUCAAACUAAAGCAGAAGCUUUGAAUGGCAAAAGUGAAAAAUUUCAGGAAAUAGAUUUUUCAAAAUUGUACCUAACUGAAUCGAAAACAGAUGCAGAAAAGGAAAAAACAAAGAAUUUGGAGGCAAAUAUUUUAAAAGGGGAAGCGGUUUAUGCUCCUCGACUGCAUGGAAAAGCAGAACAUAUUUCUAACGCGCUUAAAAUAACAUCAUCCCCUAUACCAUACGAAUCAACUACUUCAAUGGAAACUCAGUAUGCAUCGGAAUGUAGUAUGAAUUUUGAAAAUAAGCCUCAAAGCACACCAUAUGCCUCACAAGAUCUACAAGAAAGGACGAAACCUAGUAGAUCGGUGACAUUCUGUGAGAAAAUUGUAGAGAAAAGUGCUGAAAACAGCCAAGACACAUCCGAAAACACAUCAAAUAGUCGAAACGAAACCACUAUAGUAAGCAAUGAUAACACAGUUGUAAAGGUAACAUCUGAAACUACCGAAUCGGAUGAAAAAACGGAGGUUAUAGAGCCCGACGCGCCACACACUACGUGGGGUAUAUUCGAUAGCGAAGGAGGCAUAUUAGAGGACAGGCACUGGGGCGUAUCACUUAUAAUACCUCCAAAAGCAAUAGCUCCGGGGAUCAAGCAAAAGAUCUACUUUACGGUGUCUGACCCGCGAUUGAGUCAGCGCGUAGGAGGACCUCCCAUCGACAUGGAUAACGGUGAAGCGAUGCUGUCCCCGCUGGUGAUGUGCGGGCCGCAAGGGCUGGUGUUCCUGCGGCCCGUGACCCUGCGCCUGCCGCACUGCGCCAACGCGGUCCCCUCCCUCGGGCUCACCAUCAAGGCGACGGACACGGAAGCCCAUCUCACCACCGACUGGGACCAGAUACACUUGCCCGCGACCACCACGCUCAACACUGUCGCCGUUAAGGUCGACCACUUUUGAUUGACUUGCUUUUUAUGGCGACGUUAUUUAUAAAUUGUUAUCGUGAAAACUAUGAGUUAUAAAUGAAACAUUUUAAAGUAUGUCAGUGUGUAUAGUGAAAUUAAAAGUUUUAAACAAUAAUUAAUUUUGACGUUUGCGAAUUUGGAAUUUUAUAACAGCAUAUUUUGGAAAUGUAUAAAACAUGUAGGAUUAUUUUUGAAAUCACGUCAGUAGCGGUGGUCGAUUCUACAUUUUAUAUAAUUAACAACGGACUUCUUUUCUAACGAUCGAAUAAUGUAUAAAAUUACCUACUUGUAUGUAUCUUAUUUGUCCGGCAUUUAUUCCCACCUAUAUAAGUUGCAAUUCAAGUUAAAUCGUAAGUUAGUGGUGCUAAAGCAUAGAAAUUAUGCGUAGAAUAAACCUUACGAAUCUCUAGAGUUUAUUCGAAUAAAAUUUAAGUGUAAAGAGAGCAUGCGUUGUCUCUUUCGUUCAUAUUAAAAGAAGGAGAUGGCAUGAUUGUUGCGAAGUAAUGGAACUUUUAAUAGUUAUUCGUUUAUUUUAAGAUUAUAACAAUUAAGACAUGCCUUACCAUAACCUACGUAAUCCUAGUUUAAAAUAAUAUUUUCAUUGUAAUAUUAUUUAAUCGAUGUACGUGUAUUUUAGCAAUAAGUGUUAAUUAUUAGCACAUUGAAAUUAUCACUUUUGGCUUCCGUAUAUAAAGUGUUGAAAUAUUUUUUUAUUACUAAUUGUCAUGAAUGAGAAUCACGUAAUUGCCUUAGCGGCUAGAGUCAUAUUUAACGUUUAAGUAUACCUUUAAUAAUUAAUUAGUAAUAAUAUGAAAUCAAUUGUAUGUAAUGUUUUCUUGUUACUAGUGAUAUUAUGAAUUUACCUUUGACCCAACUAUUAAAUUUUAUAUUUACUGAA